AUGACGUCAAAAGUGGUAAUCAUUGGAGGUUCAUACGCUGGAUUGGCUGCUUUAAACACAUUAAAACUGUUAAUUACCAAAAAUUCAGGGGCCAUUGCCAAGUCUAUAUCUAUCACAUUAAUUGAACCAAAAUCGGGGUUCUUGAAUAUAUUAGGAUUACCAAAAUCGAUUGUUAAUAAGGAAUUUGCAAGUCAACAAUAUGUUCCAUUUUGUAAUUUUUUAAAGUUUGAUAAUGUGGUUAGCAAUUCCAAUGAUUUAAAGGUUCAAUUGAAAGAGAAUACAAACUCCGACAAUAACAACUUGAUGUUGAAUUAUAUUCAAGGGAAAGUUACUAAAUUAACUAGUAGCAGAGUCACUUACACCACCAAUGAUACCGAUGAAUCGAGCAUUGAUUAUGACUAUGCAAUUUUGGCAACAGGAAGAAACAGAAAUUGGCCAGUCAACCCAAAAGGCAUUACAUUUGAAUCAUACUUGAAUGAAAUGGAGAUCACAAACAAAAAGAUCCAAAAAAGUUCAAUUAUCAGUAUUAUUGGCGGUGGUGCUGUUGGGAUAGAAUUAGCAGCCGAAAUUAAAUUACAUUACCCAAAUAAAGUUGUUAAUUUGAUUCAUCCUCAUGGUACUUUACCACCAGAGCCGAUCCUGGAUGCUUUCAAGAAUAAAACUUUGCAAUCAUUAAAACAGGCUAAUAUUAACGUGUUUUUGAAUACGAGAAUAGAUACUUCAAAAACUUCACUAAACAAUGGGGAAACAUCCAAUUUGAAAACUACUGAUGGGAAAACAAUAGAAUCAAACUUAAACAUAUGGGCUACUUCUUUUAAAAACAACCUUGAUUAUUUAUCUCUAGAUUUACAAAGAAGCAUUCACAUAACUGCAAAUCAUAAUAUUAAAACCAAUGAUUAUUUACAAGUGUCAAAUAUGUCAAAUAUUUAUGCUGUUGGAGAUUUAAUUGAAUUGUCAACAAUCAAAUCAGCUGGUUGGGCAUUUCAUACUGGAAUUCAAGCUGGAACUAAUGUUUAUAAUUCCAUAUUUGAUAAACCUUUGCAAUUGUCAAGAAUAUCCUUCAAGCAAAUAGAUUCUCAUAAAUUGACCAUUGUUGGCGGUGAAGGUAGCAUAAUCCACGAAGUUAAAGGAAAUUUGGAAAUCAACCCUGAAUCAAUGGUUCAAGAGUAUCAGGAUUACCGGUUAGGGACAUGUAAGAAGUUUAUUGGUGCAACAGUCAAUUAA